CUCCUCCGCUUCAGACGUCUCGGUCUGGGAAAAGUUGGAGUCCAUGGUGCUCACAGUAGGCAGCUUGUCGCGCUGGCGGACGGGAGGGCAAGGUGAGGGGCUGUCCGGCGCGGCGAUGGCUCGCGCCGCCUGGCCAGCGACGCCUCCACGGCGAGCAGGUCCUCCUCCGUGA